ACGUUGGGAACGCAGCAUAACACUAUCGAGCAUUUAUGUCAAAACAGCUGUUAGAAAAUGGAGACAAUAAUUUUCUUGUUAUAUCGUUUGCCUUAUGAGUUCGAGUGCGUUACCUGAAGAAUACAGUUUUCUCUGAAAAAUGAGACGACAGAAUCAAUCAUUAAUUGAGCAGAGUGACGAUGAUUGUACUUCAUCGGCAUCACAAAUUCUGGAGAGGGUGCAACCUGAUCGAGUUACCCUGACAAAGCCGGAAGAAGAUCGAAGAAGACGUACUAUAAUCGUUGAAAAAAAGAACGGAUCCUACGGCUUCACCUUGCAAAGCUACGGAAUUCAUUACAAGAAAGAGCAAGAAAUCGAAAUGAUCACUUAUGUGGACUAUGUCGACUAUGAUGGUUCUGCGUAUCGCGCUGGAAUGCGUGAAGGUGACGUUAUAUUGUCAAUCAACGGUACCGACAUGGAAAAGGCGGACCAUAAGACAUUAGUCAAUUUCAUUAAGAGUUGUGAUUCAAGAAUGAGAAUGGUCGUCUUAUUCGAAGACUGUGUUAGAAAGGUUGAACUUCAUAUACGCUACAUACAACUACAGAGGACUCUGCAAGGAAAAAUGUUGGAACUGGAGAAACUGUGUACACAAGAAAGGCAAUUAAUUGAAGGAAAAUGGAGAACUCACAGUCUUCCAGCUAGAAAAAAAUACUCACAACAAAACUCAUCUGGAGAUCCAGAAUCUCCGACUCAAACUCCUUAUCCUUACUGUAGAACCACCGUAUCAACUGAAGAUGUGGCCAAGUUACCGGAAAAACAACGAAAUUCUUCUUUGAUUUUAGCAUACCGUUAUUUAGACCCCCAUUAUGGCUAUAUUUUACAGCCCACAAACAAUAGUAGUGAAUAUCUUUUAGCUUUCGAUGAUGGAAAAAGCAUUAAUGAACAUCAUCUCCUAGUCAAAACGCCCAGUGAAACUCCGGUGACUAAACAAAAUAAAGGUAAUCAAACGAAAUUUUGUAUGGAAAAAGAGAAAAAGAAUACUUGUCAUGUCUACUCUGGAAAUCUAUGCAAUUCUUGCGUUCAAGUACCCAACAACUCAGACAACGUUAGUUUGGAUGCCUAUGAUCUAGCAAGUCCUUGUUGUAACCCUCACUGUGUACCUUCCAACAGAAGACGCUCAAAACAUCAUAAGGAUUCAAUGAAGCGGAGGGAUUCUAAGAGCGAAGAAACACAAUGUGAUUUACCGCCACAAAACCAAAGGCCUCCAAGAUCUAGACCGCAUUCUCAAACAUCUCAAGUGUCACCUUCUAGUCAAACGUUUUACGUACCUAGAAAAAAUUUUCAUAUUGGACCUGGUCUUGUAAGUCAAUGUAGUUUACAUUCAUUCACAUCCAGCGAGCAAAGUGCCAUUGCACCAACUACAACUGGGGAAAGUUCUGGAAGCUAUACCACUUCUCUUAGCACAGAUACACUAUACUGGAAUGGUUCCUGUGAUAUUAAACCUUCAAAAAAUUCUAGUGGUAAAUUUAAAUACGAGUGUCAAAAUUAUCCUCAUGCCAAUGAAACUGUCUAUGUGCAAUAUAAUGUUGUCAAACCCAAGUCCUGGGAUAGUUUAGAGACUAAAGCAUUCGGGGGUUAUGGCUUUGGAGGAUACGGUUACAUUGAUUCCGUUAGUAAGAAUAAGGCAGGAAGCACAAGAUCGAAUUCUAGUAAGAAAUCUCAAGGAACACAAUGUGCGAGAAUGGAAAAAACAAAUUUCUGCUCAGCACAAACUCCUCAGUACACUCCUCAUACACAAAGAAGGUAUUUUAACACAAAUAGAUCUACAGAAAGUUUAUUAUCUUACCAAAAAUACGCCGAUUCAAACAAUUCUUGUGACUCUCUGAACCCUCUAUCACCUGGUACUGAAACAAGAUUUUUCCAGAGUCCAAAACGGAAUUCUAGUACAUCAGAGGAUCCAAAUACAUAUUAUAGUGUUAAAAAUUCAACAUUAAAACAAGUAUCUACAAGUUCAGAAGCAACUAGACUUUGAAAUCUCAGUGAAUCAAUAAUUGAAAAAUGGCAGAUCGAAAUAUUUGGUAAUCGAAUAGGUACAUUGAUUUUGUACAUUAACUAGAAAAUUGGAAUCAAUUAGUGUAAAUAAAUAAACAUAUAUUCAUCCCAA